AAAUUAAAUUAAAACGAAAAAAAAAACCCAUUUUCUAAUGUACAAUUGAGCUGAAAUCAACUGACCCAGAUGGCUUUUUUUCAGUUCUUAAUCCUCUGAGUAUUUAUGAUGUGAUAGUUCGAGCUGAAUAUAUAACAGCUGCGGCUUUCUUUUGAUGUUUUUGGUUUGGUUUUAGCUUGAUUUUGGAAAAUUGGCACGUGGGUAUGAAGUAAAUUUGGGUUGAAGCCCCAAAAGUUUCCUCUUCUGGGUGUUGGCUUAUUUUUUUGCAAGCAAUAAAUCGAUUUUGUUGUUGCUUGAGAUUUUUUUGUGAUGCUCAUCUCUUUUGGGUAAUUAGCAGGUGAGGUUAUUAAGUAGCUUCUGUUGGGAGUUUCUCCAUAUUUUGACAGUAGCUUGGAGUUUGAGCUGAGUUCAGAAGAAUCCUCUCUCUAUCUUGAUGAUAAGAGAUAAAAGUAGUGAGAUAUUGGUGGCUUGUGCUAAAUCUUGUUGAAUUAAUGGCGAGGGAAUCUGUAGAUGAGGAGAGCUCCAAAGGAAAUAUGUGGGUAUUGGAUCAGAAGCUUGAUCAGUCAAUGGAUGAAGAGGCUGGUAGGCUGAGGAAUAUGUAUAGAGAAAAGAAAUUCUCUGUGCUGUUAUUAUUAAGGCUAGCUUUCCAGAGCCUAGGAGUGGUAUUUGGAGACUUAGGUACAUCGCCUUUAUAUGUUUUCUACAACACAUUUCCUCAUGGAAUAAAUGAUCCAGAAGAUGUCAUGGGAGCUCUUUCUUUGAUAAUAUACUCUCUUACCCUCAUUCCACUCCUCAAAUAUGUAUUUAUAGUGCUGAGAGCAAAUGAUGCUGGCCAGGGUGGGACUUUUGCUCUCUAUUCACUACUCUGCCGGCAUGCAAAAGUGAACACUAUUCCUAAUCAACAUCGAACAGAUGAAGAAUUAACAACAUAUAGUCGCCAGACAUUUGAUGAAAAGUCACUUGCAGCUAAAGUCAAGCAAUGGCUGGAGACUCAUGCAUAUAAAAAGAAUGCUCUUCUCAUUCUUGUUCUUGUUGGAACUUGCAUGGUUAUUGGAGAUGGGAUACUUACUCCUGCUAUAUCAGUUCUGUCAGCAGCAGGUGGAAUCAAGGUGGACCAUCCCACUCUGAACAAUGAUGUGGUUAUACUUGUUGCUGUGGUCAUAUUGAUUGCUUUUUUUAGUUUGCAACACUAUGGCACAGACAAAGUCAGUUGGCUUUUUGCUCCCAUUGUCCUUAUUUGGUUUUUAUUUAUUGGAUCUAUUGGUGCUCUCAACAUAUGGAAGUAUGAUCAUUCAGUUCUCAAAGCUUUCAACCCAGUUUAUAUUUAUCGGUAUUUCAAAGGAGGGAAGAUUAAUUGGACUUCCCUUGGAGGAAUUAUGCUCAGCAUUACAGGAACUGAAGCAUUAUUUGCUGAUUUGGGUCAUUUUCCUGUCUUGGCUAUCCAGAUUGCAUUUACUUUUGUUGUGUUUCCUUGCCUUCUUUUGGCAUACGCUGGGCAAGCAGCUUAUAUUAUGAAGAAUCAGGGACAUGUUAGUGAUGCUUUUUAUCGAUCUAUUCCAGAUGGUAUAUAUUGGCCAAUGUUCAUCAUUGCAACAGCAGCGGCAAUCGUUGCUAGCCAAGCCACCAUUUCAGCAACAUUUUCCAUAAUCAAACAGGCUCUUGCUCUUGGAUGUUUCCCGAGGGUUAAAGUUGUCCAUACAUCCAAAAAGUUUCGUGGUCAGAUAUAUAUUCCGGAUAUCAAUUGGAUCCUUAUGAUUCUUUGUAUAGCUGUUACUGCUGGAUUCAAGAAUCAAAGUCAGAUUGGAAAUGCAUAUGGAACUGCGGUCGUGAUCGUCAUGCUGGUAACCACGUUCCUCAUGAUCCCUAUCAUGCUCUUGGUCUGGCGAAGCCAUUGGAUCCUCGUCAUCAUCUUCAUUGGCCUCUCCCUCCUUGUCGAGCUCACCUACUUCUCCUCAGUCCUCCUGAAGGUUGACCAGGGUGGGUGGGUCCCUCUUGUCAUUGCUGGCACCUUCCUUGUGAUAAUGUACAUCUGGCACUAUGGGACCGUCAAGCGCUAUGAAUUCGAGCUCCACGGCCGUGUCUCCAUGGCGUGGAUCCUCGGUCUGGGCCCCAGUCUCGGUCUCGUCCGUGUCCCCGGUAUCGGUUUUGUCUACACCGAGCUCGCUAGCGGAGUCCCUCACAUUUUCUCCCACUUCAUCACAAAUCUCCCUGCCAUCCAUUCUGUUGUUGCUUUUGUAUGUGUGAAAUACCUCCCAGUAUACAUAGUUCCUAUGGAAGAGAGGUUCCUAGUCAAAAGAAUCGGGCCCAAGAACUUCCAUAUGUUUCGUUGCGUUGCAAGAUACGGGUACAAGGAUGUCCACAAAAAAGAUGAUGAUUUUGAGAAGAUGUUGUUUGAUUGUAUUCUGGUGUUUGUUCGUCUUGAGAGUAUGAUGGAGGGUUAUUCGGAUUCUGAGGAAUUUACAUAUAAUGCCUCAUCGUCACAGGAUUCGAUCGUGCCUGCAAGAACAUGCAGUAACGGAGGGAUGGAGGGCGAAGAGAUCGAGUUUUUGAACAGGUGUAGAGAUGCCGGAGUUGUGCAUAUUCUUGGUAAUACUAUUGUGAGGGCUAGGAGGGAUUCUGGGCUUAUUAAGAGGAUUGCUAUAGAUUAUGUAUAUGCUUUUCUUAGGAGGAUAUGCAGAGAGAACAGUGUGAUAUUUAAUGUUCCUCAUGAGAGCUUGUUGAAUGUUGGGCAGGUGUUUUUUGUAUAGAACAGUUGCAUUGAUUCAAUUGAAAAAGUUUGCGUCUUGUGCCUUUUAUCUA